AUGCUACUACGUCUCCCACCCGAGCUCAUCUACUCUAUCGCUGCCUUUCUCCCUACCGCAAGCUGCCUGCUGCGCCUGGCGCAAACCUGCCGUCGCCUCUACACCAUAGUCGCCGCAGACAACUAUCGUAUCUUUCAGGCCUUUGUUCAGGGUCAGUAUCCCACUGCCGCUGUUCCGCCGCUCUGGAGAGAUGCAGCUCACGCACUCACCUUGCGUUCUCAUGCCUUUCGCUGCCGCGCCGUAACCGCUCGGUAUGUCGAGCCGCCGUCCAAUGCAGUGAGGAUCGGGAAGCCCAAGACAACCCGACGAGACAGGCCGACCCUGGGAUAUCGGCCGGUGAUUGAUAGCUACGAGUCAUGGUACGGCGACCACUGGUUUGCGAGAAAAGAGGUGCUGGCAUGGGGUGCUGGAGCAGACGUGGUGCUUCGUAUCAAGGACCUGAACAGUCACGACCACCAUGCCGGAGAAGCCGGUGACAAUCGACAGGACAGCUAUGACGGCGCUAAGUGGGUUGUGUUUAAUGACUUGCCUAGCGUGAAUAGCUGGGAUGAUGUGGCAGGCCUGCAUCUGCUUGGUGGGAGCUCCUCCGUUGACUCUCCCGACGCUGAGGAUCUCAUCGUUGGACGUCGAAACGGGGAGCUUACUCGCCUAUCUAUUUCGCCUAGCCAGGGCUCUGCUACCCACGGGGCAUCGUUUGAUACCCAAGGCCACAAGUUGGACUAUACAGACCUCAGUGCUGGGACCGAGAGGGUCCUGGCUGUUUCUCUGGAUCGAGGCGAGAUAGCAUUCUAUAAACUGGACUCACCGGAUGAUAUCGUGCAGCCUUUUGCUAGCUUAAAGGAGCUUCUGCAUGGCGCUUCGAGAAAUCGAUGCUCGAAGCUCCUUUCGGACCAGCGAAUCGUCGUUGGAGCUGACGGCGGGUCUUCUAAGAUCGAUGUCUAUAGCUUUGACCCGGUAGACGUGGGGAUAGCGUGCUCUAUUCGAAUUGAAGACUACGAGUCAGAAAGAAAGCCACGGGUUACUGCGAUGGCACCGCUGCCAGCGCUGAGCUCUAUGAAAGAAACAAGCUCCCAGGACCUUUUUCUAUCGGGCUGGGAAGACAGUAAAAUAAGGCUCCAUGAUCUACGAUCUUCACGGCCAUGUGUUGCAAUUUACGGUGAUACGGUAGAUGAUAGCCCAGUGUAUUCCCUGCUUCCAAUCGGCCACGAACGGUUGAUGGUUGGCAGUGGUGCGCAUGGUCUUCUGAAGCUUUUUGAUUUGAGGGUUACUGGAAAUCAUCAGAUUGAUUCCAGUAACAUAUCCCCGUCAGUACCAAGGUGGAAUCGUCGACGAAGGAGUUAUAAUUCGGUUGUGCGUGGUUUUCAACUGAAUCUGCCUACAAGUGCUCCUAAGGGCAUAUCAAUAUUCCUUAGUGACAGGCAACCUGAAAAUCGCCAUAACACUAGGUUUCAACGGAGCCUCAGGCCCCGGUAUCGAGGACCCGUGUACACCAUGUCUCUCCCAUCUCCAACAUCGUCAACACUAUACGUUGGCCUGGUAAACACUGUGAUGAGGCUGGACAUGGUUGGGACGGAGGACUUGUUCGCGGCUGGCGAAAAUGAUAAGGCUGGACAGAACUGGUCUUCAUUAAAUCUAAGCUUACCACUCAAUGCGAGAGCUUCUCCUGGUCACCAGCCGGCUGACCUGUCUUGUUAUGAACGCCCAUCUCCUGAAGAUAACGGGAGAGGUAUACGUUUGUUUGUUCAAAAACCGUUCUGGAGCUCGCCGGCUGCUGCGCAUCAGGAUGAUCACAUUCCUGGCUGGGACCAACGCUGGUUCCAACCUUCACUCAAUAGAAGCACCCAACCAGAGGACAGGUGGAGAUGA